AUGUCUGCGCCUCGCAACUUUAUCCCGAUGCACCACCGGAUGCCGAUUGUGUUCGGGCCAUUUCCAGGGCCUCGUCAGGCAUUUGAUGGUGGUGCGCGAGACGGGAGCAAGACGAGCAAUGUCGAAGCAUUUAUUACGCUCACGGUGCCACAAUCUUCAAUUGUCGACCUUCUGCCACCGGGGUUUCGCUUCCAGCGGCCGGGCGACCACGGCUACAUCACCGUCGCCGCCAAGCGCCUCGACAAUCUGCAGUGGCUGGGUGGCCGGGGGUACAACCUCCUCAGCGUGUACGUACACGGCAUAGAGUACACAGCGCCGGAAGAUGGCAAGGUAUACCAGGGGACAUAUCUUCCUGUCCUCUGGGAAAGUAUGGCAGAUCCGAUCAUCAGCGGGCGAGAGGAGCUCGGAUACCCAAAACUGUUUGCGAAUCUCGACAUUGCGCGACCAACAGAGGAGUCCUACUCAAUGAAGGCCAGCUGGGAGGGCUCUCAAUUUGCCGACUUCUCAGUGGGGGGCCUGCCAAGAAUCUCGACUCCGGUAUCAUUCUCCGCAGUCAUGCCAUCGCGGCCAGAAACCUCUAAGCGGCUCUCGCCGGAGGCCCUGUGCCACAUUGUUCUCCGUACCACACCAGACAAUUUCGAUCGAAUGAUUGACUACUACCUAAUUGUGCUAGGCGGCACCGUCUCGCAUGAAUCUCACCGUCUCUGCUUCAUGACUUACGACCAUGAGCACCACCGAAUCGCCGUCAUUAAAGAUCCGAACGCCUGCCCGAGGCCAGAAACGGGCAUGCAGGCCGGCCUGCAUCAUACUGCUUUCGGUUUUCCAACCCUGCAGGACCUUGCUACAUCCUACGAAGAAAAGAAAGCGGCCGGCAUCGUUCCCGACUGGUGUGUCAAUCAUGGCAUCAGCACCAGCAUGUACUACCAGGAUCCAGAUGGGAAUGGUAUCGAGUUUCAAGUAGACAACUUCGAUUCAGCAUCAGAGGCUGUGGCAUUUAUGGAGUCUGACGCAUUCGCCGAGAAUCCUGUCGGGGUUGACUUCGACCCGGACGAGUUCGUGAGGAGAGUUCGUGGUGGAGAGGAUGAGCGACUGAUCAAGGCCAGACCUAAUAUUGGACCAAGAGACAGGAGAUGA